GGGCAGAACGAAGAGAGACUGAGAGAGAGAGAAAAGGGUAGUGUGUUAGUGACUGGAAAGGGUGAUGGGAUUUAGUAGUGACCAACGGUGGAUUGACAAGUGCUUUUUCUUGGAGGGACCUUCAUUACCACCAUUACUACCUUCCUAAUUUACUUCUUCGUUCUCUGCGUGUCUGUUUCUUUUUGCCCCCUCGGGACGUCUGUGCUCUCAGGUCAGGGUGUUUAAACGUAUGGCUGAUUGAGCAGGCAGUAGACGUGGACGUCUCACCAUGGCGUUGGGUGCGGUGUGGAGCCGAGCUAAAAAUGUGUGCCAACAGAACGGCCUCCUCAUCCUGUCAGUGUUGGCCGUGGUUAUCGGAUGCCUGCUGGGCUUCUUUCUGCGCUCCAAACACUUCUCUGAGCAGGAGGUGAAGUACUUCCAGUUCCUGGGGGAGUUGCUGAUGCGGAUGUUGAAGAUGCUCAUCCUGCCUCUAGUGGUUUCCAGUUUGAUGUCUGGUUUGGCAGCACUGGAUGCUAAAUGCUCUAGUCGACUGGGAAUCAUGACAGUUUCUUAUUAUCUGUGGACGACCUUUGUGGCUGUGGUGGUGGGCAUCGUCAUGGUCAUCAUCAUCCACCCGGGUGGAGCUGCCCAGAAGGAGGAUUCAGAGGACAGCGGGAAGCCCAUCAUGAGCUCAGCUGAUGCUUUACUUGACCUUAUCCGCAACAUGUUCCCAGCCAACCUGGUCCAAGCAACUUUUCAGCAAUAUCGCACAAAGAGCAUCCCUAUCAUGAAGUCCAAACCCACAAUUGGUCAGGACGUACUAGACACCACCACCAGACGGGUCUUCAUUUAUGGAAUCCAGGAUGACAAUGGCACAGACAUCCAGAACUUCUCCCUUGACCUGACGCCACCUCCGGAUGUGGUCUUCAGAACGCUUCCUGGCACCAGUGAGGGCAUGAACGUCCUCGGUAUCGUGAUCUUCUCAGCUACUAUGGGAAUCAUGCUUGGAAGAAUGGGACCAAAUGGCAGCGCUCUUGUCAACUUCUGCCAGAGUCUGAAUGAAGCUGUACUGAAAAUUGUGGCCAUUGUUAUAUGGUACUUCCCGUUUGGAAUUGUGUUUCUGGUGGCUGGGAAGAUCUUGGAAAUGGACGACCCUUCAGCUAUGGGAAAGAAACUGGGCUUCUACGCUAUCACUGUGGUCAUGGGGCUGGUGCUUCACGGCCUGUUCAUUCUGCCUUCCAUGUAUUUCUUCAUUACAAAAAAGAGCCCCAUCGUCUACAUCCGAGGGAUUUUACAGGCCCUGCUCAUCUCAUUAGCUACUGCAUCCAGCUCCGCCACGCUGCCUAUCACAUUUAAGUGUCUCCUGGAGAACAACCACAUCGACCGCCGCAUCAUUCGCUUCGUACUUCCUGUUGGCGCCACUAUCAACAUGGACGGCACUGCCCUAUAUGAGGCUGUGGCAGCCAUCUUUAUAGCUCAAGUCAACAACUACGAGCUAGACUUUGGGCAGAUCAUCACUAUCAGCAUCACGGCUACAGCAGCCAGUAUCGGUGCUGCUGGCAUUCCACAGGCCGGCCUGGUAACCAUGGUGAUAGUGUUAACCUCAGUGGGACUUCCUACAGAUGACAUCACUCUUAUUAUUGCUGUGGAUUGGGCCCUGGAUCGGCUCAGGACGAUGGUGAACGUGAUGGGUGACGCUCUGGCCACAGGAAUCAUGGCACACAUAUGCAGAAAAGACUUCGUGAAGGAGGGCGAGGAGGUGAGAAUGAGUUUAUACAGGUUCUUCAAAAUAAAUAACACGCUGCAUGUGGACCCUAAUGUCCAUUUCACUAUAAAAUUCAGAUUUCGUCUCUUCUCUUUACAGAUUCCUCUCAUCUGUGAGACCAAGCCCAUGAUCAGCAUCCAGCAGAUGAUGUCCUAUCAGAAAAACGGCUGCUUCCUGUCCCCUCCGCCAGGCCCCAUGAGGAAACCCGAGCACCUGUCGCCCGACGUGGCCCGUCUCAUGCAGCUGGAGGAGGGCAUCAGGCCCCCUGAUAAGAAGAAGUCCCCUCAUCUGGCUCCACACCAUUACAAGCGAGACUAUAAAGACAAAGACCACUGUACCAUUAACAUGAAUGGUCUGGAGACCAAUGUCUAGACUCGUUCACAGACCAAAAGCCGUUCUCUUUCUCUACCUUUGGAUUUUGAGUGCGUGUGAAUGUCUUUGUAGCGAAU